AUUUUCACCAGACUUGAUGCGACCGCCAAAUUUGGUGAGUUUUUUAAGUCAAUUUACUUGCAGAAAAUAAUUCCUUCGGUUUCAAUAGGGCCUUUGCCGUCGCUGUCGACGCUCCGGUCCUAAUAAGUAACUUGUGCAAAGAUGCAGCCACGAAUACAGGUUUAUAAAUAAAACAAAAACACCAAACUUUAGAUAUUAAGAGCGGAAAAAGUUAUAUUUCCCCAAAUUAAAACCCAGAUUUAAAUUUAUUGUACGAUCUCCUGACAUAAAUGUAUCACUUCACAUGACAGCAUGAUUGUAAAAAUAGUUCAGUAUGUAGAUCUAACCCUAUCUUUCAGGCUGCCAUCCACAGCUCUCUGUAAGUCUCUGUGUUGUGUUUAAAUGGGAUGUCCCAGGUCAAGAGGAAGGAACAGGGUAACAGGACUCCAAGUGGUGGUUGACGCUGAGCAAAACUUCCCUAGUUUAAUGGUUUUCAGGAAAGAAAAUAUCACAAUCGGAUCACAAAACACUUUGGGUCAUAAAUCCAAUACUAAAUAAAUUAAGCAUUAAGCUACCCACACACAGUUAGCAACAUUAGCAAUGGUUUCAUUAAAUAAUAAACCACACUCAGUCUAUAUAAACGACUCAUUCCUUUAUGCAAUGACACUUCAAACAGGUGAAGCCUACUAACAUAAUAACAUAAUCAUAAAACAAACAAUUAUAUUUAUGAUUUAAAAUAAAGUUUUAUUGUUAAAGUGCUCUGGACCUUGGCUUACCUUUCAGAGAACAAACAGAAUCAGACCUCCAGUGGCUGUGGAGGGUCAGAAAGGCUCCGUACUACGGGUUAAAAGGGAAAGGAGCACUUACUGUAAAAUAAGACCAGGGCGCCAUCUGCUGACCAAUAUAUAGCACUCCCUCACAUCAACAUCACUUUUAGGUUACAGGAGACUAACUCUCAUUCCCAAAGAGUGUAUCUGAUAUAUCUUUUCUUCCUCUCUCCCCCCACGGGAGUCUGAAGGAGGGAAGGAAGGGAUGGAGUUGGAGGAUAAUUUCCAGGACAUCACCUCCCCCCAAAACAAAGAAGACCAGAUAACUGCAGACCCAAAGAACCUGCAGAAGAAACUAGAUGAACUGAAAGAUGUGAUGUCAGAAGAAUGUUUUAAAUAUGCUCAACGUUUGGUGAACAAACCUCCACCUGACCCAGAUCUACUCCAAUUCCUUAUUCAUCUUCAUAAAGAUUUACACCACAAAUCUAACAAAGGACCCAAUAACUCAGAGAGAUCUGAGUCUGGUUACAAAGCAAAGACCUCUUCAUGUUCAUUAUCUUUCUGGACUAAAGCCACAGUGAAGGUGUUCCUGGUCGUCACUGGUCAGACCUUUGGUGCUGAUCAGGUCAUACUGGAACAAGUGAAGAACCUGGGAUGGUCAUCAACAUGGAAGGUGGAGAUCACUAACAACCGGCAGGAAUGUGAUGUCAUCAUCGUCUUCUGUCCAAUCACGUCUCGUGUUGGAUCAGAUGUGGAGGCAGCUAUGAGAGAGGAUUCAGUGUCAUGUGGAGGUAAACCAGUCAUUCUAGUGCUGAUGCAUCACACCAGAGACCCCGACUAUUCAACCGAUGUCAGAAGAUGGUUUGAAACCUUUCAGAACGUCGUGUUGGAUGUUGACGUUCUCUUCCACCAGACCCAGCCAGGAUUACUGCGCUGUUCAAGAAAUGAUCGGGCCGUCAGACUAAUACAAGAAGAGUUAAAGAAACAUUAGGUAGUGUUAAUGAUCUUUGACCUAGUUUUAGUAGCUUAAUUGUUCAAUUUGGAGCAUCAAGCAACAGAACAGUCCUUAUUAGUUAUUGAAACCAGAGAAGAGACAUUUUUUUUAUUUCCUCCUGAAAUAGUUAAAAUAUAAACAAUGAUCAUAGAUGUCAAAUGUUCUUCAUGAAUCAUCUGCUGUAUAAAACGUCAUCUAGGAGGUUCAGCAGUUUGUAAAAAUCAUUCAGUUUAUGUUUUUAACAGAGAAACAGGUUAAUUUGUCUGUAGUCUGUGUUGUCACUGUCACAUAAGAAAAGUAAUAUAAAUAAAUGUUUAAAAUAUCAGCUUUAUAACAGGUCAUAUCAAUGUGAUUUCUCAAUCAAUCAAUUAAUGUAUGGUUGCAGCAGUAGUCCCGUGGUAGUGCCGUGGCGUCAGAUAAGGGGGGUGAAGGAUUUUAUUUCCAUUAGGAGCUGCAGUAGCUGCACACCAACCACCACCAGGGGGCACAUGUGAGCAGACCAGAUACAGUCGACCUGUUAGCAGACUGAGGAACAGAGGAAUGGAGUGAAACUAUUUAGAAACGAGUCAGGACACUGUUUAACUCUCCCAGGCCAGUACAGUAAACCUACACAUUAAAGAGUCUUAAUUUCA